GGGCAUGGGUUACAUGUAUUGUUAUUAUAAUAUAAAAUAUUGUAUAAAAAUUCAAAUUUAACUUAUACUUCAGUUUAGAGCCUAUAACUAACAGCAAAAUGGCUCUUCCUCAAAAAAAAUAUUAUCGCCAACGAGCACACUCUAACCCGAUGGCCGAUCAUUGUUUUGAAUACCCUUCAAAGCCAGACGAAUACGAUUGGUCAGAGUUAUACCCUGAUAUAAAUAACGGUUUUAAUAACAAGGCAGUUGAAUUUUUAGAUGUUGGUUGUGGUUAUGGAGGUCUUUUAGUAACCCUUUCUCCAAUGUUUGAGAAAAGUCUGAUAUUAGGUUUAGAAAUAAGAGUUAAGGUAUCAGAUUAUGUAAAUGACAGAAUUCAAGCUCUUAGAACACAAAAUCCAGAAAAGUUCCAAAAUAUUGCUGUCUUACGAACAAAUGCUAUGAAAUAUUUACCUAAUUUCUUCCAUAAGGGGCAGAUAAAAAAAAUGUUUUUCCUAUACCCAGAUCCCCAUUUUAAGAAAUCAAAACAUAAAUGGAGGGUCAUUAACAAGUGGCUACUUUCAGAAUAUGCAUAUGUUCUAGCUGAACAGGGUAUUGUGUAUACUAUAACUGAUGUAAAAGAUCUACAUGAAUGGAUGGUUAAGCAUUUUGAGGAACAUGAAUUAUUUGAAAGAAUUUCUGAUGGUGAACUGAAAGAUGAUAAAAUUGUAGAAAAACUUUUUGAAAGUACAGAAGAGGGUCAAAAAGUGUCUAGAAAUAAUGGAGAAAAAUUUCUCGCAGUAUUUAGAAGGGUUGGUGAUAAGUUUAAAAUUACAACAAAAUGAUAUACAUAAUUUAUUCAAUAAAGUUUGUUAGUAAAA